GCCGCGCCGAGCACCGUAACCCGGCGUUCAUCCAGCGUAACACCCACACGCCCGUUGCGUCUCUUUCCCCCUCCAGGAUGGCGGAGGACGAGGACGAGGCCGGAUACGACGAGGAGCUGGACGACGGCUCCGGCGGGAUGGACGUCGGCGGCCACGGGAGGAGGAAGAGGCUCUUCUCCAAGGAGCUGCGGUGCAUGAUGUACGGCUUCGGGGACGACCAGAACCCGUACACGGAGUCCGUGGACAUCCUGGAGGACCUGGUGAUCGAGUUCGUCACGGAGAUGACCCACAAGGCCAUGUCCAUCGGCCGCCAGGGCCGCGUGCAGGUGGAGGACAUCGUCUUCCUGAUCCGGAAGGACCCGAGGAAGUUCGCCCGAGUCAAAGACCUGCUGACCAUGAACGAGGAGCUGAAGAGAGCCCGCAAGGCUUUCGACGAGGCAAACUACGGCUCGUGAGCCCUCCGACGCGGCGCUAGUUGCAUCGCAGCGGUCCGAGUGUCUCCUUUUGACGCCACUCGCCGUCCAAAAUCUGUUAUUUGUGGUUUAUUUUUUAUUUCCUAUCACUCUAUGAUGGUGACGAAGUGUGUAACCUUGUUGGUGGUUGUGGUGUGUGAGUUUCUCAAUAAAGAAACGUGCACGUUGGGUUAAUAAGA